CCAACCUGUUCAAAUAUAGGAUUUUAAAAAAGUCAAUAAAUUUUAUUAGAAAUUAAAGCCUUCUUUAUUAAAUUAGGAGAGGUUGUUGGGAUUUAAAAAUGGCAACAAAACUUAUACUUAAAGUUUUCGUACUGCUAGUAGCUAAAUACGUUGCAGGAAAAGCUCCACCUGAAAAAUGUAGUAUGGCAAUGUAUAAAAAGAUUGGCUGUUUUAAAGACCGCAUUAUACCAAACCGUCCAUUACCUCUUGAGUUAGUUAACCACAGAGACCCUAUGAAUCCCAAUUGGGAUUCACAUAUUUUAGAUUGGAAUGAAUGGCCAGAGUCCCUUCGCGCUCUGGCUUGCGCAUGCGCUGAAAAGGCUAAAUCUUUUGGAUUUAAGUUCUUUGGGCUACAGUUUUUUGGAGAAUGUUGGAGCGGAUCUUCCCUCAAUUACUAUCGUGAUGGACCUUCAACUAAUUGUAUUGGAAAUGAUUAUAAGCCAUGCAAUGAUUCUUCUCCCACAGAAUGUGUUGGCAAAGCCUACACAAACUAUAUUUACACUCUUGAGACAGUACAAAAGUCACCAAUUAAUGGAGGUUGGAGCGACUGGAGUGAGUGGACAGAAUGUAGUGCAAGUUGUAACGGUGGUGUUAGAGCUCGCGAGAGGCUUUGUAACAAUCCAGCGCCUGAGAACGGAGGUCAAGGAUGUAAAGGAGAAGGUGAAGAAGAAGAGGUGUGUAACUCGGAGGCUUGUGAACCUGUAUGUGCUAAACAAAUGGAGGUUGCUAUUUUACUGGAUGCUUCAACAAGCGUCACAUCCACCAAUUGGAAAAAGACAGUUUCAUUUGUUCAAAGUUUUACAAAAGAGUUUGUAAUGGGCCCUACUGGUGUUCGAUUUGCUGUCAUCGAUUUUGCCAAUGAAGCUCAAAUUCAAAUAAAUAUUUUAGAUCCAAAAUAUUGGAGCCAGGAGGCUUUUAGUAGAAAAGUUGGAUCUAUAGAAUAUUCUCGAGGAAGAACAAAAACGGAUUUAGCUAUAAAAUUAGCUCGAGAAAAAAUAUUCUGUGACAAAUGCAAUUUGAGACGCACUGUUCCAAAGCUUCUCAUAGUUUUAACUGAUGGCCAAAGUACGGAUCCAGAUCUUACAGAAAAAGAGGCCAAUUUAAUAAAAACACAGAGCAAAGUAAGUAUAAUUACUAUGGGAGUUGGCGAUAAAAUUGACAAAAACGAGCUGACUUCAAUGGCAUCAAACAGCGACUAUGUGUUUCUACUAAAUGGAUACAAAUACAUAAACGAUAAGAUUAACCAGAUAAUUAAAAUGUCGUGCAAAGGAAUCUUAAAGUAUGGCUUUAAGUUUAGAAGUAAUAAGGACUUUGCAAAAGCCUUUGAUUCCGUUUCUUUAUCAAAAUUCUGCUGCAAGCUUUAUGGUUAUGGUUUUCACUCUUAUAUCUUACAAUGGUGUAAAUCAUUUCUCAGUAAUAAAAAACAACGAGUUGUUCUGGAAUUAUUUGCAGAUGAUACAAAAAUAAUGUCAGUAAUUAAUAAUGUAAGUAACAGCAGUGCUUUUCAAGAAGAUUUAAAUAAGUUAUUAGACUGGUCAAAUAAGUGGUCAACUCAAUUCAAUGGAGAAAAGUGUAAAUUAAUGCACAUUGGUAAUUUGUAUCCUCAGUUUAGUUACAAAUUAGGAGAUCAUAUUUUGCAAAAAACAGAAGUUGAAAGAGAUUUAGGUGUAAUAUUAUCAAAUGACCUCAAAUGGGAAAAUCAUAUUAUCAGUGUAGCAAAUAAGGCAAAUAGAACACUAGGGAAUGUAUCUGCUGAAAAGUGUGCCAUCGAAUAUAAAAAGGUUGGCUGUUUUAAAGACCGGAUUGUUCCGGAAGGCUCCUUAUCAACGGAAUCAAUAAGUGACAGUGAGCCUGAAAAUCGUAUUUGGGAUUUAAACACUUUAGAGUGGAAAGAAUGGUCAGACUCACUAGAAAUCAAUUUGCAGCACUGUAUGCAAAAAUACUCGUUCUCACCAAAUAACAUUUGGAACAUGGACGAAACUGCUGUAACUACUGUACAGCAACCUAAAAAGGUUAUUGCGAAAAAAGGAUUAAAACAAGUAGGAGCCAUCAUGUCAGCUGAAAGAGGAACUCUUGUAACAUUAGCAUGCACAAUAAAUGCUAUUGGAAAUAGUAUUCCACCCUUUUUUAUUUUUCCUCGUAAAAACUUUAAAGAUCGUUUCCUAAUCAGUGCACCAACAGGAAGUGCAGGAGAUGCAAAUCCAAGUGGCAAUACAAAAUGUACUAAAGAAAAGCCUUGUUUAUUGUUGCUUGACAAUCACGAAACUCAUCUUAGUAUUGAAGGAUUAGAUUUGGCAAAAAAUAAUGGAAUAGUAAUGCUUACCUUCCCACCACAUUGCACACAUAAGUUGCAGCCCUUGGAUAAGGCAGUUUAUGGUCCUCUCAAAAACUACAUAAAUAAUGCUAUGACAUCAUGGUUAGUAAUGAAUCUUGGAAAAACUGUUACAAUAUAUGAUAUUCCAAAAAUAGUAAACAUUGCAUUUCCUAAGGCUGUAUCUCCCCACAAUAUUUUAAGUGGUUUUUCUGCAACAGGUAUUUACCCGUUAAAUCCUGAUGUGUUUACUGAAAAUGAUUACUGUCCUAACUAUGUAACUGAUCGCCCUAACCCACCUUGUUCACAGGCUGAUUCAAAUAAAAAAGACUGUGAAAGAUUCACAAAACCAGAUAAUCAGGUAGACAUAACAAUAGAAGAUCCAGUUGUAUCAAAUAAAACCUCUAAUCAAAACCCAAUCACAACAUUAGGUUUUAACAAUUCAAUCAUACCACCUGAGAGUAUUAGGCCUCUGCCUAAAGCAGGCCCGAGGUUAGCAUCAAAAAGAGAUCAUAUAACUACAACAAAAAUAGAAAAUAAAAAACAGUUAAGAACAGCACAAGCAGUUCUUCAAACAUGUUAUUACUUUAAUCUAGAUUGUUUCAUUGAGGGAUAUAAAUCAAUUAUUGAAACUCUAUUAUACAAUACACAAAAUUAUAGUAUAAAAAUUGAAAAUAAUAUAAAAGAAAGAUAUAGACUUGCUUGUUUGUGUGCAGAAAAAGCUAAAUUAUUUGGAUACAAGUUCUUUGGCCUUUAUUUUUUCGGAAAAUGUUGGAGUGGAUCUUUGCUUACGCACAAUAAUCGAGGUGAACGUUCAACAAACUGUAUCAGUGAAGAUUUUAAGAGAUGUAAUGAUUCCUCUUCUGAAACAUGCGUUGGUAAAACAAAUACAAACUAUAUUUACAGCUUUGUAAAAGAUGAAAAGUAUUCUGCAAAUGGAUAUUGGAGUGAGUGGAGCCAAUGGACAGAAUGCAGUGCUACAUGCGAUGGAGGUGUUAGGUCUAGAAGUCGCACAUGUAAUACUCCCAAAAAGGUUGGUGCUUAUUGUGAUGGAAAAGAAGAAGAAAACGAACCCUGUAAUGAAGAGGUUUGCACAUCUAAAUGCACUAAGCAGAUAGAAAUUGGAAUUUUAUUGGAUGCUUCAACAAGUGUCACAUUAUCUAAUUGGAAAAAAACAAUAGAUUUUGUUCAAGAUUUUUCUAAACAGUUCAAAAUGGGUCCAACUGGUGUGCGAUUUGCUCUUAUUGAUUUUUCUGAUGAUGCCAUACUUCAAAUUAGUAUUUCAGAUCCCAGAUUUUGGGAUCAGGAAACUUUUGGUGAAAAAGUCUCCAGCAUUGAAUACUCACAAGGAAAAACAAGAACUGAUUUAGCUCUCGAAGUAGCUCGAAAACAUGUAUUUUGUAAUGAAUGUGGUUUGCGGCAUAAUACUCCCAGGUUGCUCAUAGUUUUAACAGAUGGUCAAAGUACUUUUCCAAAAUUAACACAGUUUGAAGCCCAACUUAUCAAGGCUGAGAACAAUUUAACCAUAAUAUCUGUUGGAGUUAGUGACCAGGUUGACAUAGAAGAGCUGAAGAGUCUAGCUACAGACAGAGACCAUGUGUUCUUAUUAAAUGGUUACAGCUAUUUAAAUGAUAAAAUUAACAAAUUACUGAAAGUAUCAUGUAUUAGUAAACAAAAAUCUCCUAUUAAUGGUGGUUGGGGAAACUGGAGUGAGUGGACAGAGUGUAGCGCCAGCUGCAACGGUGGUAUUAGAAUUCGUGAACGACUUUGCAAUAACCCACUACCCCAAAAUGGAGGUAUUGAGUGUAUAGGAGAAGGCGAGGAAGAAAGAGCUUGCAAUGAAGAGAUCUGUGAGCCUGCUUGUACUUCUGAAAUGGAGAUAGCAAUUUUAUUGGACGCUUCAAGUAGUGUUACUUUGAAUAAUUGGGAGAAAACACUAGAAUUUGUUCAAGAUUUUUCAAAAGAAUUUAAAAUGGGCUCUACUGGCAUUCGAUUUGCUGUUAUUGACUUUUCAGAUGCUGCCACACUUCAAAUUGAUAUUUUAGAUCCGAGUUUAUGGAGUAAUGAAGCUUUUAAUGAAAAAAUCAGCAACAUCGAAUAUUCUAUGGAUAUUAUUGAUGGUCUAAAUGAAGGUGUAAAUAAAAGAAACUUGAAUGUUGUAAAUAAUAGUGUGAAUGAAGGUGUAUAUGAUGCAAUCCUCGGUUCGGCAUUGAUGGCAAAAAAUUUGAGGUCGGGUGAUAAAUUUCUAAAUUUUUCAGGUAAAACAAGAACUGACUUGGCGCUUAAAUUAGCUCGUGAAAAAGUAUUUUGCAGGGAAUGUGGUUUGAGAGUCAAUGUUCCAAAACUGGUUAUAGUUGUAACAGAUGGUCGAAGUACAUUUCCGUUUUUAACACUGCCUGAAGCUCGUCUCAUAAAGAACCAAGCAAGCGUAAUAUGCAUGGGAGUUGGAGAUGAAGUUGAUAUAAAUGAGCUAAACACUAUGGCUACUGACAAAAAUCAUACACUGAGAAUUAAAAUACACUUUAAAAUUAGUUUUAAAAUUAUAAACAGUUUUCAGAUUCACAAAGUAGUUUUACUAACGCACAAGUAUCAACACAAAAAGAGAAUGAAACUGAUAACAACAGCGUGUGCUCUAGCAUUUCUAAACUUUAUCACAGGAAGUCUUUCAGCAAAGUGUGCAAUUAAAUACAAAAAGGUUGGCUGUUUUAAAGACCGUAUUGUUGUGGACGAUUCAUUGUCAACAGAACUAACAAAUGGCAGUGAGCCUGAAAAUCGUAUUUGGGAUUUAAAUACUUUAGAGUGGAAGGAAUGGUCGGAGUCACUAGAAAUACUUGCUUGUUUAUGUGCAGAAAAAGCUAAAUUAUUUGGAUACAAGUUUUUUGGACUUUAUUUUUUUGGGAAAUGCUGGAGUGGAUCUGUGCUCAACCAUGAUAAUCGAGGUGAACAUUCAACAAACUGUAUCAGUAAAGAUUUUAAGAGAUGUAAUGAUUCUUCUUCUGAAACAUGUGUUGGUAAAACAAAUACAAACUAUAUUUACAGCUUUGUAAAAGAAAAAAUUUUUUCUGCAAAUGGAUAUUGGAGUGAGUGGAGUGAAUGGACAGAAUGCAGUGCUACAUGUGAUGGAGGUGUUAGGUCUAGGAGGCGUACAUGCAAUAGUUCAAAAAGCAUAGGGGCUUAUUGUGAUGGAAAUAAAGAAGAAGUUGAACCAUGCAAUGAAGAAAUUUGUGCAUCUGUAUGCAACAAACAAAUAGAAAUUGGAUUUCUAUUGGACGCUUCAACAAGUGUCACAUCAGCUAAUUGGAAAAUAAUAAUAAAUUUUAUUCAAGAUUUUUCUAAACAGUUUAAAAUGGGUCCAACUGGUGUGCGGUUUGCAGUUAUUGAUUAUUCUGAUGAUGCCAUACUUCAAAUUAGUGUUUCAGAUCCCAGAUUUUGGGAUCAUGAAACUUUUGGUGAAAAAGUCUCCAGCAUUGAAUACUCACAUGGAAAAACAAGAACUGAUUUAGCUCUUAAAGUAGCUCGAAAACAUGUAUUUUGUAAUGAAUGCAGUUUGCAGCAUAACAUUCCCAAGUUGCUUAUAGUUUUAACAGAUGGUCAAAGUACUUUUCCAAAAUUAACACAAUUUGAAGCUCACCUAAUAAAGGUUGAGAACAAUUUAACCAUAAUAUCUGUUGGAGUUAGUGAUCAAGUUGACAUAGAAGAGCUGAAAAGUCUAGCUACAGAUAGAGACCAUGUCUUCUUAUUAAAUAGUUACAGCUACUUGAAUGAUAAAAUUAAUAAAAUACUAAAAGUAUCAUGUAUUGAUAAUCAAACAACUCCUAUUAAUGGAGGCUGGGAUAGCUGGAGUGAGUGGACAGAGUGUAGUGCCAGCUGCAAUGGGGGUAUUAGAAUUCGUGAACGUCUUUGCAAUAAUCCACUACCCCAAAAUGGAGGUAUCGAAUGUAUAGGUGAAGGUGAAGAAGAAAGAGCUUGCAAUGAAGAGAUCUGUGCGCCUGUUUGUACUUCUGAAUUGGAGAUAGCAAUUUUAUUGGACGCUUCAAGUAGUGUAACUUCAAAUAAUUGGAAGAAAACAAUACAAUUUGUUCAAGAUUUUUCAAAAGAGUUUAAAUUUGGCCCCACAGGUGCUCAAUUUGCAGUUAUUGAUUUUUCUGAUAAAGCCACGCUUCAAGUUAAUAUUUCAGAUUCCAGAUUCUGGAGUAAUGAAGGUUUUACUAAAAAAAUCAGCAACAUCAAAUAUAAAAUGGGUAAAACAAGAACCGAUUUGGCACUUCGAUUAACUCGUAGAAAAGUGUUUUGUAGGAAAUGUGGAUUGAGAGUCGAUGUUUCCAAGCUAGUUAUUGUGGUAACAGAUGGUCGAAGUACAUUUCCAUUUUUAACUCUGUCUGAAGCUCGUCUCAUAAAGAAACAAUCGAGCAUAAUAUGCAUUGGAGUUGGAGACGAAGUUGAUAUAAAUGAGCUGAACACUAUUGCUACUGACGAAAAUCAUGUUUUUUUAUUAAAUGGUUAUCGAUAUAUUAAUGAUAAUAUUAACCAAAUACUGAAAAUGUCUUGCAAACUUUAGUUCACAUUUAAUGUAAAAUACUUUGAAAAUAAAAUAUGAAUUAUUUAUAUAAA